GUUUUUGCAGAGUUGUGAAUAUAUUAGGAGCGGUUUUAAUAAUUUACAGCUUUCACAGCCGCAACUUAAGGUCAUGGAUGAGAAAACCCUUCUCUUCUGUAAGAAACCCAUCAGUGUGUUUGACAUCUGUGAGCCGAAAAAGAUCCCAUGGGGUGAAGUUGGAGUAGAUUAUGUUGUAGAGUCUACCGGAGUCUUCCCCGACAGGGAGGAGGUUGAAGGGUGGUGCAAAGAAGUUACCAACUGUCUUGCUCCACUGGCUAAGGUCAUUAACGAUAGGUUUGGCAUUCAUUGUUGA